CAGCCACUUCUCUCCUGCUUUUUGCUAACACGUCAGUAAUGAAGUAUUCCAUUCCUCUGCUUGCCCUCAUUGCGCUUUGCGCUGCUGCUCCUGCUCCACAGGUUAUCAACAAUGUCGACAAGCUGAAGCGUGAUAGUAACGACAACAACCCUUGGGACAGGCGUCAGCUUAAUGGUGGCAACUUGUUGGCGCACGAUGUCAAUAACAAUAAUCCUUGGGACAGGCGCUAGGUUGGAUGCAGCAACACCUAGAUUGGUGCGUGGGGCUCCUGUUCGCCAGAACUAGCACAGGUCUGGCUUUCGGCAUACAUAAUAGCUGCCGGCUAGGAAGAGUGCGCCCCUAGUGGCCAUUUUAUACCUGGAUACAUGGGUGCUAAUCUACAUAUGCCGCGAUUCUUAUAUCCAAGGCCAUUGCUCAAUAGCCUCCUGCUACAUCCUCUUCCAACAUCCUUUCGUAUCUUCUCCAGCCAACUAGGCAACAGAGGCUUUUCGUAAAUAAACAAUUAUUUCAUUUGCAAGCGAAACA